CUCGCAACAAAAUAUCUCACCUUUCAGAUACGUCCACAGACCGGAACCACUAGUGAACCGGAAAUAGAAGAAACUGAUAGCGAUAUAGCGUACAAUGACGAAGAGCCCUCCUCAUCCAUUCCCCCUACGACCGUUUUUUCUGAGACUUCUCUUUCACAACAAUCUUAUACAAAUACUCCCAAAGUGGAUUUAUCUUUAGCAUUGGCAAAGGAAGUAGAGAAGCAAGCAUCUAAAUAUAUCAACCGUGAUAUCGCAUCAGAAGCUUCAAGAACAUAUCAAAUGGAUGUCUUGGCGGGAAAGAAAUUAAUAUACAAUAAGAUGGAUGUGUUGGAACUACAAAAAAAAGUCCUCUGUGUAUUGGUGUCAUUAAUAUCCAUAACUAUGACUGCACAAAAAUUUUUACCCGAUGACUUUAAACAUUUUGUCGCCGAUCAGCUACAAGACCCCGAAAUUGAAGCC